AGAUACAAAACAAAUCACAUUCUUUAAAUAAAGGAAAGAAAGCAAAUUCAAGGUAUACUGUAGUUUUAAAGCGUAAAAUUAAAAUACUCAGAGAUGCACACUGCUGAUGAUGUUGCCAUUCCAGAAGAUUUCUCAGAUUUUUCUCUUGCAAAAACAAUUAGCAGAAUUGAAGGGCAGCUGGAGGAAGAAGGCUUGCCUGAAUGUGUAGAUGACGAUAUUUUCUCUGGAGUUAGUAAAGACAUUGGGACAGAAGCACAGAUCAGAUUUCUAAAGGCCAAACUCCGUGUUAUGCAGGAGGAGUUGGAUAAUAUUGUGUGUGAAUGUAAUAAAAAAGAAGAUGAAAUUCAGGAUUUAAAGACUCAAGUAAAAAAUUUUGAAGAAGAUUGUGGGAGACAGCAGCGAACAAUUGGUAUGCAACAAUCUCAACUAGAAAAAUAUAAAACUCUUUUUGAAGAAGCAAACAAAAAAUGUGAUGGAUUACAACAACAGUUAUCUUCAGUGGAAAAGGAAUUGGAAAAUAACAAAAGACUUCAAAAACAGGCUGCGACUAGUCAGAGUGCCACAGAGGUUCGCCUGAAUAGAGCUCUGGAAGAAGCGGAAAAGUACAAAUUGGAGUUAAGCAAAUUAAGGCAAAACAACAUGGAUAUAGCAAAUGAAGAACACAAAAAAAUUGAAAUAUUAAGAGCAGAAAACAAGAAACUGGAAAAGCAAAAAGGAGAGUUAAUGAUAGGAUUCAAGAAACAAUUAAAAUUAAUUGAUGUUUUAAAAAGACAAAAGAUGCAUAUUGAAGCUGCUAAGAUGUUAUCUUUCACCGAAGAGGAAUUUAUGAAGGCACUUGAAUGGGGAAAUACAUAAUGUACGUAAAGGAUUUAAGUCUCUGAUCAUGCAUUGUUGUAAAGAACUCCAUAGAUUUGAGGGAUACAAAAAUGUUAUGUUACUCAGGUAUGUAAUUAGGAGAUGGAACUAUUUUAUAAAAUCAACAAGCAGAAUUAAAACCUCAGUUCUUGCUUAAGAG